UAGGGUAUACCAUUUUGGAGGGAAUUGGGAGCAGCUGUUGGGCGAUUCACUUGUUGGACCCAAAGCGGCGGUGCACCAUCGGCGCUUGUAUUCGGGCUUCCGAAGCAAGUGAUAAAUCGUUGUAUUUCAAUUCUGCGCAUCGCACCAUGAGUGAGUCGCAGCAGCAAGGUAUAGACGAAGUGCACGUCGAUUUAUCUUCAUUUCUCCUAAUAUCUUGUUCGAUCUUCUGCUUUGUUACCUACGAAUUACGCCGUUGUUGGUGUGCUUUCUUUGUUCACUAUUUUGCAUAAAUUUGAAAGAUGUUUUCUUAUAUUUGUACUUUUGCGAGUAUUGUUACCUUCGAUAUAGCGACGCACUUGUUGAGAUUUAUUUACAAAAUUCAUUGAUGCUCAUAUGUUGAUUCGAGUUAUGUGACAAUAUAUAACCCGCUAUAUAUAAAUUGUGUAUUAUGGAAAGUGUUGAUUUCAUAGAUGUGUAUUGUUAGAUGCUUGGAUUAGCCUCAUGUCAAGCGGUGUAUUGCCAUAUCGUAUAAAUUGCCUGCUGACGUAGAGAUACUUUUUUUUUGCUAUAAUGUGGAGAUAUAGGCAGUAGCGAAGGUGAAAAGGGUGUGGCCUCGGGGGUUAACAAGACUCGGCGCAGCUGGACAGCAAGGGAGGAGGAAAUCUUGAUGGCCUCGCUCAAAGAACUCGUUGCCCAAGGUUGGAAGGCGGACAACGGGUUCCGAGCAGGCUAUCUAGUUAAGCUCGAGGAGUUAAUGCGCAAAGAAUUUCCGGGCACUGAUAUAAAAGGGAUGCCGCAUAUCAAUAGCAAAAUAGCAGCGUGGAAAAAGAGCUACAACUCGCUGUCGUUAAUGCUUGAUGUUAGCGGCGUGGGGUUUAACGCGAAGGGGACGUUCAUGAUCGACUGCGAUACUGAUCAAUGGCAGCAGAUCGUUAAGAAGGAUCGUAAUGCUCUUAAUAUGCGUUUUAAGAGUUGGCCACUGUUUGAUAGCUGGGGAGAUGUGUUCGGGAAGGAUCGCGCAAAUGGGAAGAAUGCUGAGGACGUCAUGGAGGCCAUGCACAAGAUGUACCAAGCUGACAACCUUGCACAAGGAGGUGUAUACGGCACGAUGCCUCAUGUCGAUGAAGAAGAUGCAGCCACAGAAGAUGCUGAGGAUAGUGUUUGCCAAUUGGAAAAGAAGGAGCCGACUGCAAAGAAUUCAAGGAAAAGGCGCAAGGCCAAUGAUGACAUGAGGGGUGUCUACGAGUUUCUUCAUGAAUUUGGUAAGGAGGCUAAUGCGCGUCUGGACAACCUCGCGACACGAGUUGGCUACGAGUUGGCAGACCGUCUUCGAACAACUUGGUAAGAUCCCUGGCCUAGAUGUGAACGAAAAGCUUGAUAUUUGUGAGAUUCUGGCAGACAAAGUGCAGCCUCUUGAGAUCUUCAUUGGGCUGCCGGACGAAGCAAAAUCUCUUUACGUUGCACGUCUUCUUGAAUCACGCAGCAGUGAAGCCCGUUUCCAUGAUCUUCCUUAGUGCCUUCUUCAGCUCAUCUUUUGCGAUCUUGUUAGCUCCGAACUAGUAGAAAGGAUGCAAGAUCUUUUUGAACAGGAAUGUGAAUAUUUUGUGUACAUAAACUGCAUUUGGUUGGUACUAUAACCACCAAAUUUAUGCACUCUAUCUGUAGUUACCUAUGUCUCAUUAUGGAUUCUAUCGAAUGAACAUUAUCUAGAUUGUAUA